CAGGACCUUCCCCCUGCUCCUCAUCUGCCGGGCAGCCUCUUCCGUCAAGUGUCCAAACACCACAGAGACGUUGACUCCAGCCUUCUCGAACACUUUCCCAUCCUGCAUCACACAGCUGAUCCCACCGCCACCUGGAACACAGACCCCCCCCCCUCCGGUGUCUCUGCGUGCUUUUCACGACGACAAUAAUGACGCCUAUUACCUUCUUUUCUAUCCCACCGGUCAACUUUGAAGGUCCCACCGUCCACCUCCUCCAAGGCUUUGCAGAACUCGGCCUGUGUCUCCAUGAUGAGCAUCUCCAUCUUGGUGCACAUCUCCUCCUUUCUCUCCUGCAGCGCAGCGACGUCAGUGACCGGACGAGACAUGAACCCUCGGCAUCUGGUCAAGAUGUCAACCUCACGGUCCGUCUCCUCUGCUGCUUGGGGUACCAAAGUAGCCAUCUCAGCCCGCCGGAAGUGGUCGACGUUGGCUAAAAAGCCUGCAAGCGCCGCGGCUGCUGUAGUGACAGCAGCGGCUCCGCUCAGCGCCAAGACUCCCCUCCUGCUUCGACCGGCUGCGGUCCCAUGGGACAUGAACCGGACCCCAGAAGUCCUGGAUGUGGUCAAAGGACCACUGGAAAGGGGACACGACGGACGCGACGGCCCGGCUCUUGAAAGCCACUUUAAAUUUGAAAUCAAACUCCGUCUCGACGUAGCUUGUGCCGUAUUUUUGACGGCGUAAAAUACGAUAGUGGCCAUUUUUGUAUUUUAAAGAAAGACACGUAUGGCCUCACUUGUCUGGCGACCUUCGGCUUGUUUAGCAGGCGCGAACAAACUAUCCAAACAUUAUCUGAACUCGCUGAAUACUGAUAGCAACCGCCGUUCACGCCAAGGAGCCUGUACUUCCGCAUUUUUGACCAUGGCAUGUCGGGAAAUGACGUUUUUCUGGUAAAUACAGCUGUCAAAGUAAUGAGACGUACCUGACAGCACACUACAAUCCCACAAUGCCUUGCAAAAUAAGACUUGAAGUGGCAUUUAUGUACUCACGCUCAGCAACACAUUCGCUAAUCACCGUGCUAAAAUGUAUUUAAAAAAACAAAGACGAUCUAAAAUAUUAACUUUAAAAGUUGUGCAGAGAUUAUUGACUAGUUUUUAAUUCACAAUACAUUUUUACGCGAUUAAAAAUAAUCGUUUUUAGAUUUUUCUGAAUCCCAUUAAACGGCUUUCAUGUGAUAUUAUUGUCUCUUAUCACACUGUAGCAUCCUCACAAUAUUACAGUAAAUGACCUUAUUUGCUGUCGUUUCUUAUCUCUAGUUCACCGUGGAGACCGUUAGUGCUUCUGCGCAUGCGCGGGUGCACAUGUUGUCAGUCUCUAUGGCGACAGCGCUCUUAAUUCUUGUCGGGUUGCAGACAGCUAGAGAUUAUGUGCACAGGUGUCGCUCCGCAGGCCGACAGGCUCAGCGUGCAUGCGGCACACUUGGACGGUAGCAAACAACACGUUUGCAUGUUUCUUCGCACCUCUGUUGGCUCCACGGGGAUCCCGCACAGGAACCACUGAUGAUGAGUGAAGCGGUAUGCACGAAGACCCGGGAGGAGUACGAGGACGACUUCGAGAAAGAUCUGGACUGGCUGAUCAGUGAGGAAAGUCGGAGCGAGGAGCAGGGUCCUGACUAUGAGGACAUCGAGGCGGACAUCGACAAAGAUCUGGCAGAGGAUGAGAAACAUCAUCGCAUGAAAGGGAAGAAGAAACAUCAUCAAGUGGAGGAGAGAAGCAACCAAACAGAAGAUCUGGAGGAGGAUGAAGACAGGUGGCCCUCACCUAUGGAACCACUGGAGUAUGACUCGGACAGGGACAGCCCUGGUAAGUCCUCACCUUUGGGCGUGGAUGCGCAGACCGACGAGGAGAAGAAGUACAUUCUGGAGAAGAUCCAGCAAGCCAACCGACAGCUGAAGGAUCAGGACGCUCCGGAUUUGACUCGGAGAAGGCGGCUGCAGUUUAAAGAGACGCUGGUAACCUUGGUGGUUCCUCCAUCGCAGUUUGGAAACUGUGGACAGGUGGAUAGGGGAGAUGUCAGCAAAGAUGCAGAGAUGGAGGUGUCAGGGAAGCUCUCCGAGCUCAAACUGUCCCCUGGAGAAGAAGCCCUCAAAGAGGGACGGGUCCUUGUGGAGAAAGAUGGCAGGUUCCAUCUCGUCAGCCUGAAAGAGGUUGAAAAUCAAGUCCUCCUCCCUCCUAUAGCGCACAACGGGAAGAGCCCCACAUGCUUCUCCUCACCUCGUCCCCACGACGGAUCUUCUUCUGCCUGCCACAAAGCCGAUCCCCUCCGGGUUCCGAGACCUCCGGCCCCGCCCGGAGGAAGGCCCAGCUCUGCCUGUCACAGCCAGACAGGCGGCCAGAGAAGAGGCGUCAGACGUCGGGUGCAGUCGGCCACGGGGACGCCCAGCCAGGCCACGUUCAAGCUGUCUCCUCAGCAGAAAGAGCUGCUGCACAAGUCCCAGGAACGGAAGGAGAGGCUGGCCAGAGAGGCCGAGCAGCGUAAGCUGGAGGAAGAAGAGCAGAAGAGGCAGGAGAACGAGCUGGCUUUCAAGGCCUGGCUGAUGAGGAAGAGGGAGCAGCUUCAGCAGGAGAGAAGGAUCCACAGAGCCCAAGAGAUGGAGAGGAUGACUUCUAAGCGGGAGUCCAGCGAGCCGGAGGAGGCGUUCAGGCUGUGGCUUCAGAGGAAACAGGAGCAGCAGCAGCGAGAGAAGCAGCUGGUGCAGAUGAGGAGACUGGAGGAGGAUGGCAGUUACCUUCUACGCAGCCGCGAGGAGUGUGAACAUGCCUUUAAACUGUGGCUGACCCGGAAGCGCGCCGAGAAGCGCGCCGAGCAGCAAGCCGCACGUGAGCGUUCGCGCAGGUUUGUUGUGGAGGAGCGGCGUGCGCGACGCAUGAGGGACCUGCUGUGUCCGGCUGGUGACGCCAGGACGUUUCGGUUCACCGAUCAGCUCACAUGUCGCUUCUGAAGACGGUAACCUCCAAAUUCAUUUGAAAAUACAUUAGUCAUUUUGUCAUUUUUAUUUGUAUUUGUAUGCAGGAUUACAUUUCUGGGACCAGCAUCAGAAACCGUCAAAAAACAACCAUGGAUUACUGACACCCAAGAAGGGACUAUCCUGUAAAUGCUCUCCUGUCAACUCCUCAUAGCAGAUCUGAAAAACCCCAAAUAAUGUAAAAAUACCUAUUUUUGAUACGCUAAGCCCUAUCAAAUGCCUCACAUACUUAGUAAACUGUGCAAAAUGUAAGUACGCUGAGUAAAAUGUGUUGUUCAAGUUCACGUUUUUGCUUCAAGUAGGUACGUUUCAAUUUCCAUCAUGUGAGCUGCAUAUGAACCACAUUGUUAUUAUUAUUGUUAUUAACAUUGUUACGCCCAAGAACUGCGUGAGUUGCAUGGUGACACCUCGCCACAUUAGCGACUAGCUUCACCACACACUCGCUCACAAGGAUCAGGCUGCGAGCCAAAGGUAACGCUACGUAUUGGAGCUGCCGCCACUGCUGCUGUGUUUCUGUUCCUUUCUAUGUUGCUAUGUGAAAUCAAUGCACCCAGGAAGGAAGUUCCCAAAGUACUCCAAGUAUUCCACGUUCUGAUGAAUGUACCUGUUACUACAUGCAUGAUAGAAACACAGCAUGGAUAGAAAACCACCAAACCUUGUUGGAGCUUCUUGGAGGUGUUUUCGUAGGCGUCCCAUUACGUGCAUUCAUGACCCGCAUCUUUUGACCUGUUUUUCUUCUUUCUUUAGAAGGCACAGAAAAGAGAAAGCCAUGCGUGUUCAUGUCUCACACAAGGAUCGUGCGUGAUGGGCAACAUUCCAAAAAAAGUGCACUUGUCCUUUAAAUGGAAGCGGUCGUGUGGACAAAGAAAGUGAAGUUCAACCCCAACAUCACCUCAGUGACCUCUCAGCAUUCAUAAUGUACACGUGAACGUCAUUUAUUGUCUUGUUUACUUUGUUGUUGAGGUUGAUGCACUUUCAAUUGGGAAAAAAGAUAUUUACUGUUGUAUGAGGAUACACUGUACUGCCUGUAGUACUGUUAUUUUACUCCCAUGUUCUCAAUAAAUACACCAGUUGAGUUCCA